CAAAUUUUGAAAUAUAUUGUGUGGUUGUCUAAUUUUGCUAUAUAGUUUUUAUAUUUUUCUCUUUUUUCUUGAAAUGGCGAAGAAAAAGCCUCAAGACAAGACCAAAGACAAGUCCACCGAAAAAGAGCCAGCUCCAGUAGAGCCUGCAUCUUCACUGACCAAGGCCAAAGUUAGAAGUGUCACCUUGGUCUCAUCUGAAUCACUUAAAAGAGGGAAAUCUAGAAGCAAAUCUGGUUUGUUUGAGCACAGGGCCUCUGAGAUCCCUACCAAAGGUAGCCAACUGCUUGACUGGGUCAGAAAGCGUAUGAGCUAUGUGUCCGACGAAGAUAUAGAGAGCAGCGAGGAGGAGGAAGUCCAAGAGACUGUCAAGGAUAAAAAGAAGAAAACCCAUCAGCCUGCAGCCGAAGACAAGGAUGAGAAAAAAACUCCCACUAAACCAGCUACAGCUACAAAAAAGGGCAAGGUGAAAAAUCCCUUGAAAACCACACCUCUAACCAAUCAAUCUCAUCUUUUCUGCUUUCAAGAAACAGAAGUCGAAACUUGAACCCGAGGAGAAAAUCAUCAAGCUGCCUCGACCAUCUGGACUUGAAGACCCAGUGACUCUCCUCAUAAAGGCCAGAAAAGAGGAGCAAAGAUUGGCUGCAGAACAAGCUAGACUCGAGGCAGAACCUUCUGUUCACAGCAGCGAACAAACAGAGGAUACUAAGAAAUCAGUCGGCAAAGGA